AUGGCUGAAAUGCGACCGGUUUUACACUUAUUCGAGGUUUUCUCUCGCAAACUUUAUAUAGACGGGUACUUGUGUAAAAAAGACGUGACUAGUGGGCCACAAUCAGGAUGGGUGGAAUAUUAUAUGGAACUGCGUGGCUCAUCGCUUAAAUUACAGCAAAUCAAUGAAGAAGGGGUAGAUACCAGCGUUCCCUCAUCCUACAUAAACAUUGCAAGCUCUAAUGUAAAAAUCAUUGGAACUAUCGAGGAUGAAACUCCGGUGCGAACUAACGUUCUGUUGUUAGACACUGGUCAAGGUAACGAAUACUUGAUUCAGGCGCCGGAUGAGGAUAAGCUUAUCGAGUGCGUUCGUGCAAUUCAAUUGUCUUGUUUCGAGGGAUCAAGACUGAAUGAAGUAUUUACUGCAACAUUACUGAGACGUCCAGGAUUCAAAGAAGUCCUUUCUUCCCCAGUUUUAACAAAGGGAAAGUUUGAAGGAUACCUGCAGGUUCGAUUUGCUGGGGAGAAAGAAUCUAAGAAAUGUUGGGUGACUGUAAGCGAUCACAGAACUGAUGAGAAGAAAAAGAAGGACCUGACAUUUAACAGGGGAAUUGCAAUGUUUUACGAAUCUAAGAGAUCCAGAAAGCCGUUUAUGUCGUUAGCUAACGUGUUACAAACUUAUGUCACGUUCCCCGGAACUACUGCAUUAAUUGAUAGAGUAAAUGAAUUCUGUGUAGAAGGGUCACUUUUCCCAUCAGACACGUCUCAGGACAAACCAGGAGAUUUUGUGAUUCUGACAGCCGAUUCACCAACUGAAAUGGCAAAGUGGCUUAUAGCCUUCUUUGACAGUUUUAAGUUGUACGGCAGACCAAAAGAGCUUUUGUACGAUUUUAAAGAUCCCGCGUCUCCUUUUUUCGCCGUCCCUACUGAUAAAAGUAACGUAACGCUAUUUUUGACAUUACAAGACGUUGAGCAUGUCGACGUCAGGGAAUCGUCUGCAGACGUGAGGGCUGAGUUUGCAGAAAUUGUCAGGAAGAAUUUUGCGCAAUUGCAAAACACAUCUUUAACUCCGGAUAUACCUGUACAUCAAUCUUCGCUCACAACUCAAAAUUCUACUUCCCUUAGUCCGAAUGCUCAAAGAAAAUCCUUCCUCGGCUCCGGUUCACCUCGUCAAAGUCGGUCAAGGGAAAGAUCAGUAUCGCCACUACCGUCCCCAAGGAUCACUCCUCCGGCGAUCAGUUCACCGACUUUGAAAAAGUCUCUAACAGGGCCAGGGUCAAAAACAAGAAAUGAUGAAGGAAAGGAAGAAGCUACAAAAAGUGAAUCCGAGGGAGAAAAUACAAAUGAGGAAACAGGCGAAGAGUCUGGGGAUGAUGCCCAAACGUUGCGGCGUAACACUGAACAAAACGCAAAGACGCUUUCGUUAUCGACUUUAGAUUCGACAGUGAAUUUGAUGCCUGAUUCAUCAGUUGUUGACUCGCCGAUUGGUGGAGAUUUGAUGUCUGAAAUUAUGACUGCCUUUGAAGAGCAGAAGGACAAAGCACAACAAUUCAUCGAGUCGUCGAAAAAAUCUGUGGAUAAACCCAAGCGGUCUGUGUCUUUUAAAAAUCCGCCAAAUCAAAAGAAAAAAUCGCGUAAAAAACUUGACCCUCUUCCAUCAGACAGUGAUGAAAAGAAGAGUGAGGAAUAUUCUAGCGUUGCAAGUGACGAAGAAAGUGAUGAUGUUGUAGACGUUGAUGCUAGGAAAGGUAAGGGAAAAGCAAAGGAAGAAACGCCGAUAUCCUCAAGUCGAGAUCCGGAUAAUAAACGCAAAAAGGCAAAGAUUGUUCCACAACCUUCUGAUAGCGAAGACAGCGAAAAUGAUAACGAACACGAACCUAUUAGACCUACUUCACAGGGACAUUCUCGAUUGAGACCAUCAGACAUUCCCGGUAGACAAGAAUAUAGUUACAGGCAUGAUGAUCAACCUUUGGCUAGACCGUAUAGGGCAUCGUCACCUUAUGGCCAACCGCACGGUUAUGGUCAACCCUUGCCUCAAUAUGCGCCGCAUGGUCACGAUCAUAGAUAUCGACAAUCUCAAGGAUAUUACCCUCCUGGAGCAGGCGGUUAUGGCAGGGACGAAUUUUAUGAUGACGACUUGCAUCCCUUGGCUCAAUCAACUGCCAAAGGUCGUCAAAUACGAACCGCCUUACCCGAUGACCCGCCCCGAGGUCGACCAAAGGGAAAGAAACCCUUAAAGGGUCAUCAGAUGGUUGCAAUAGACAUUUACGAAGAUGUUGACGGUGGUAGUGAUGUAGAGGGCUUAGAAGAAGAUAAUACAGAAGUUGCACCAAAGAAAAAAUCUAAAAAGAAGAGCAAGUCCUCUGGAAAGAAGAAAAACAAAAAGAAAAAUAAAGCCGAGUCGAAACAGGUUACGGAAGCUUUGGAUGUUAAUAUACCUGACAUUGGCUCUUUGUCGUUAGAUCAAAGUAAGAAUGAGAAUAAAGAUAAUUCCGAAAAAGACGCCUCGGAAUCUUCUGAUGAUGAUAGAAUAAAUAAGUCUCGAAGGGUUUUUAAACCAACUAAAUCAAGCGAGCGAAGGAACAUUACUAAGGGACAGAUCCAAAACUCAAGCGAGUCAGAUAAAACUGAAGACGAUUCCGAAUCUGACGAAGAGCAACCACUUGUUUUGUUGGUUUCUGAAGAUGGAGUGCCGCCACAUAGCCCCUUGAAUUACCCUCGGGGUGCAUUUAACACAUCUUCCCGGUCACCAUCACCCAAUUAUGCAUUAGGGCAACGGUACAGUAAUGUACCCCCAGGUGAUUAUUAUGAAAACGAGUAUUUAGACCCAAGAGGUAGUUAUGGUGAAGGAAGACGGAGUUCUCGUGGGUUCGAUUAUUACGACGAUGAUCGAAUUAAUGUACCGGGUGGUUUAGGUGGACGACCAAGGUCAGCAAUGAAUGUACCAGUAGCUGGACGUCGACGAAUAAGUGGUGGGGCAGCGGAUUAUGUGCGUGAUCAGUAUUACGAUGAUCCAUAUUAUGACGAUCGUGGUAGCAAUCCAUUCGCCGCUCCACAACAUUUUCGACCAAUGUCGCUUCUUGGCUCAUUAAGCAAUUCACAGCUUUCAGCCCGUCAGAUGGAAACGUUAGCACGGGAGAGUGGGACCACUUUGAUUCAAUUAGAAGAGAAACCGAAAGAUCCAAGGGCAGGAUUGGUAGGGGCAAUAACAGCACGAGAAUAUGCUCGCAGAGCUGCUGGAGCCAAUACUAUCUCAAGACAGGCGGAGCUGGAGAGAGAACGUUUAUUUGAAAAAGAGCGCGAACGAAGACUUGCUGAGCAAAGAUAUUUGGCUCGCUUAUCCGAAAAUAGGCAUUCUGCGUAUAUGGAUGGGGGCGAUCCCAGAAUGAGAAUGUAUCCGGAUCAGCCUCAUUGGGAUGGGAGAAUCACUGCUUCAACGCCCCAACCCCCAAGACAACCACGAAAACCAGGAAGGCGACGAGACAUUGAAUAG